AUGCGUCCAUUCGCCGCCGCCGCCAGCAGCAGCUCCCUGCGGAACAUCGCAUCCCGCGCCAUCGUCCUGGGGUCCCGAUCUCAGCCCACCUUCUGCCGCCAAUGCCUCCGCCCGUUUUCGACGACGCCCGCCGUCGCGAGUGGACACAACAAAUGGUCCAAGAUCAAGCACAAAAAGGGCGCCACCGAUGCGCAGAAGAACAGCAUGCGCAGCCAGCACUCCAAGAGGAUCACGCUCUGUUCUAAGUUGUACGGGACGGUCGACAACCCCCAGCUCGCAAACGCCAUCGAAAUCGCAAAGAAGGCCGGCGUCCCUAAGAGCCUGAUCGACUCCGCCAUAGCGCGCGGACAGGGCCGCUCCGCCACGGGCGCCGCCCUCGAGACCCUGACCAUCGAAGCCAUCCUCCCGCCCGGCGUCGCACUCAUCAUCGAAGCCGAGACCGAGAGCAAGGGCCAGACCCUCCAGGAACUCAGGUCCCUCAUCAAGAAGCACAAGGGCACUGCCAACACGGCAUCAUUCUUCUUCACCCGCACUGGCCGCGUCGUCUUCGAGGCGAAAGAAGGCGCAACGGUGGACAACAUCAUGGAUGAUGCGAUCGAGGCGGGCGCCGAGGACAUUGAGGCAGACGAGGAGGGCAACCUGAUCAUCUGGACGCAGCCGAACAUGACCACCUCCGUCGCGAACGGCGUGGGCCCCAAGUUCGAGCUGAAGCUGCUGUCCUCCGAGAUCAUCUGGUCUGCAAAUGAGGAUACCAGGGUCGGCAUCGAAAACGGCGAGGAUGCGGUCAUGCUCGGCGAACUCUUGGCUGCGCUGCAGGACUAUCCGGAGGUCCAAGCCGUGUACGGCAACCCCGCCAAGGGAGCAAUCUCGGAGGAAAGGUGGUCCAAGAUCGAGGAGAACCUGGACUCGUAG